AUGAGGUUGCUUAAAUCUACGGAGUUGAGACAGGACUUACCGGCAAGACGCAAGCCGCAAAUGGCGUUCAAAUUAAUUUCAACGAAGUUUGUCGCAUCCUCCUGCGACGUGGUGUUCAACAGUGAUUUGACAAAAACUGGAGUAGUUACGUCACCAGGAUACCCAAAUACUUAUCCAUCGAGGACACAUUGUAGAUACGAUUUUCAAGGUAGAGGAAAGGAACGCGUUCAAGUGAUCUUUCAAGAUUUUAAUCUUUAUCAUACUGCUGGCGAUGCGGACGAUUGCAAGGGAGUCGAUUCGUUGGCAGCGUACGUGCAAAUAGAUGGGAAAAUGGAUAAAAUCGACUCGUUUUGCGGUGAAUCGUUACCACGGCCGAUCAUGAGCAAUGGACCACGACUUUUCCUCGAAUUUCAUGGUGUUACGUCAUCGCGUUAUUCGAGAGGCUUCAAAGCAACUUACUCCUUUAAGGAAAAUUUUGGUAUAACGACGGGUCGACAAGAGGCUAAAUACCCGUGUGCCUUUGUUUUCAACAGCAACGAGACUCGUAAUGGUACAUUUGCAUCACCUAAUUAUCCAGGAUUAUAUCCACGUGAUACAGAAUGUCACUACUUUUUCAAUGGCCAACUGAACGAACGUGUACAUCUUCAUUUUCAUUUCUUCGACGUCGAAGGAGUUUUACCAUGCGAAGCAUUGACGGCCAGCGAUUUUGUCGAAUUUUCCAAUUACAUGGCGAAAGAUCGAAAAUAUUCAAGACAUUGCGGUCAAAUGAAAGAAUUCGACGUUGACAGCGACAGAAAAUUCUUUCGUGUAACAUUUAAAAGUAAUGACCGAUUGGAUGGCACGGGGUUUAAUGCAAGUUACGUAUUCUUGGACGAGGAAGAAAAUUAUACGGUCAAAGCACCAACGAACGAAGCCAUACUCAUUCGAUGUAAGAAAUUUUUAUUUUAA